ACUGGAGAUGAAACUAAUAGUCCUUCAUCCCUUCUGGUUGUCUUCAACUUUGGUUCAGAACCAGCCGGGAAGAUAACGGAAAGGGUGGAACAAUUGUCAGAAAGAAGGACAGAACAGGCAGGAAAGAAGGAAGGAAGCGAUGAGGAAGGGAAUAAUGAAGGAAGGAUAGACGAGAGGUAGGAUGCAGGAAGGUCGAAACAAAGGAAUGGAGGACGAGUAGAACAGAGGAAGAAAGGUAGUAUGAAGAAAGUAUGAAGGGAAGGGUAGAAGAAAACAAAGCAAUGGGGUAGGAAGGAAGGAUAGAACGGCGAUAGGAAGGGACGCAGAAACCGAGGAGAAAGAAGGAAGCAAGGAGGGGAUGGGGGUGACAUUAAUUACCAGGAAAAGACGUAGAGAUAAAAAAAAAAAAUAACGAGAAGACGGAACUCUUGUUUUUCUCAUUUAACUGUGUCUGACGUGCCUCUGGUGCCCCUAGCGUCUCCUCGCAGCUGCACAGCAGACUCGAUGCAUGAUGACGAUCACAGAUCCUCCUCACAGAUCGCUCGCUCUGCUUCCGCAGACACAUCACUGAGAUUUUCUUUUUUUUUUACAACAAAUCGUUCCAUACACUGACUGCCCGCCCCCCCCUCCCUCCACCCGGCGUUAGCAAGGAACCGCACGGCACGGCACGGCUCGACUCGACUCGACUCGCUGGCAGCACCGGCCCUCCUCCCGGGCUGCCCGAGCCGGCGUUUGAUUGGAUCCGAGUCGGCUAGCCUUUGCCCUCUGACCCCGCUGAUGUUGGCUGGGUGCUUCCUGCUCCCUCCGCUCUCCCCCUGACCGACCGACCGACCGACGGACGAAGCUCGCCCCGCCGAAGCCGCACGGCGAAGCGCCCCCACAGCCGACCGGGACGUGCCGCUCCUGCGCCGGAGCCGACGAGUGGACGAGCCGCACAAGCACACGGGCGGAACAACCGGGCAGCCAUGCGGAGGAAAUCGAGGAUAUUGUUAUGCUUUGCGGUGCUGUGGGUGCUGGGGAUAGCCUACUACUUCUACUCGGGCACAGCGUUAAGCCGAAAGGAUGAUUGGGGCUCCAGUGACUCAUCCAGUAGAAGCAAAACUGACGACAAGACUCACGGCCUGGAGACUCUGCCGCCAGGUAAGGUGCGCUGGCAGGACUUUGACCAGGAUCUGUAUGUUGGAGCGACAGUGGUCCGACCGGGUCAGGAUCCGUACGCCAGGAACAAGUUCAACCAGGUGGAGAGCGACAAACUGCGGAUGGACAGAGCCGUGCCGGACACGAGACAUGACCAUUGCAGACACAAACAGUGGAAGUCCGACCUGCCGGCCUCCAGCGUGGUCAUCACCUUCCACAACGAAGCUCGCUCUGCUCUGCUGCGGACUGUGGUCAGUGUCCUGAAGAAGAGUCCCUCUCACCUGGUCAAAGAGAUCAUUCUGGUUGACGACUACAGUGAUAACGCGGAGGACGGAUCGCUGCUGGGGAAAAUGGAAAAAGUCCGUGUGUUGAGGAACGACCGCAGAGAAGGACUGAUGCGUUCAAGGGUUCGUGGUGCAGACGCCGCCACGGCACCCGUCCUCACCUUCCUGGACUCGCACUGUGAAUGUAACGACCACUGGCUGGAGCCGCUACUGGAGAGAGUGGCUGAGGACAAGACGAGAGUAGUGUCUCCUAUCAUUGACGUCAUCAACAUGGACAACUUCCAGUAUGUCGGAGCUUCGGCCGAUCUGAAAGGAGGUUUUGACUGGAAUCUGGUGUUCAAAUGGGACUACAUGACUCUGGAUCAGAGGCGAGCCAGACAAGGAAACCCCAUCGCCCCAAUUAAGACUCCAAUGAUUGCAGGGGGGCUAUUCGUCAUGGAUAAGGAUUACUUUGAGCUGCUGGGAAAGUACGACAUGAUGAUGGACGUAUGGGGAGGAGAAAACCUCGAAAUCUCAUUUCGCGUGUGGCAGUGUGGUGGCAGUCUGGAGAUCAUCCCAUGUAGCAGAGUUGGCCACGUCUUCAGAAAGCAGCAUCCUUACACCUUCCCUGGGGGCAGCGGGACUGUGUUUGCAAGGAACACCAGGAGAGCAGCAGAGGUGUGGAUGGAUGAGUUUAAAAACUUCUACUACGCUGCCGUCCCCUCAGCGAGAAAUGUCCCCUACGGAAAUAUCCAGAGUCGUAUGGAGAUGAAGAAGAGAUUGGGAUGCCAGCCAUUCAAAUGGUACCUGGAAAAUGUCUACCCCGAGCUGCGGGUCCCGGACCACCAGGACAUUGCUUUUGGGGCGUUGCAGCAGGGAGGAAACUGUCUGGACACUCUGGGACAUUUCGCCGACGGUGUGGUGGGUGUCUACGAAUGCCACAACGCUGGAGGAAACCAGGUAGCGUUACUGCGACGACACACACAGGAGUGGGCCCUGACCAAGGAUAAGUCGGUCAAACACAUGGACUUGUGCCUGACCGUGGUUGACCGAACGGCGGGCUCCCUCAUCAAGCUGCAGGGCUGUCGGGAGAACGACAGCAGACAGAAAUGGGAGCAGAUUGAGUCCAACUCGAAGCUCCGUCACCUGGGCACUAACCUCUGCCUGGACAGCCGCAGCGCCAGGAUGGGCGGACUCACCGUGGAGGUCUGCAGCCCGAGCCUCAACCAGCAGUGGAAGUUCACCCUCAAUUUACAAUCAUAGGGGGCGCUACCGAACCCACCCCCCUCCCUCAUCCCCCCACCCGCGGCACAGCUGGAUAAAUGGAGAGAGGCACCAACGGACUCUGAAACACCGAUAAAGAGAUGGGAACUUGAGACUUGAGGAGAAGGGCAAACUUGAUGGAUGAAUCGAUCCCUUGCUCCUCCUCCUCCUCCUCCUUCUCCUCUGAGGUCCUGUCGAUCACGUCUAUACACCUCUCCCCCACCCUCACCCCGCCCAAUGUAACAAAGAGCCACACCUAUCCGGGGGGGGGCAUGUAGACCAUAUUGGAGUAAAUGGGAUUUGGCGGACGGAUGGUGACUGAUGAUCAUGAUGAGGAUAAAAGCGAUGAAGAGGCUUUCCAUCCAAACUACAUACCUCAGUGUUUUUUCAUUGAUGGUUCCAGAGGUUGAUUUUUUUUGUUGUUGUUUUUUUCUUUAAUAAUGGUGAGGUAGAACUGUUUUUACCUUGUAAUUGUAUUAUUUUAAUGUUAAUAUUUUUUAUCACUUGCUGUUAACUUUUCACAGAGGUUUCGCAGAAGUUUUUUUUUGUUCUUUAUAGAAUGGGACGAUAGUGUUGUUGCUCCUCUCUGUCUCUUUCUCUCUCUCUCUCUCUCUUUCUCUCUCUCUCUCUGUCUCCGGGCCACCACACCAAGUCAGAGCUCGGGCCUACGACUAGAUUCUGAAUCUACGUCAGAUGGAGGCUUCAGGUUGCGGUUUGGGCAAAAAGGAGGAAGUAGACUCAAAACUCUUGUGUACCCUCAUUUGUUCCCAGGAUCGACAAAGAAAAGAGAGGCAUCGUGGAGAAAAGAAUGCUGUGAUUUCUGCUUUGAUUUCUACACAAUUCAACUGAUUUGUGUCCUGGUAAAGGAGGGAGAGGAGGAGGAGGAGGAGGAGGAGGUGCAGGGAGGAACAUUGGAUGGGGCCUCCCAGCGGUUUGGAUGGGCCAGCCAGGAAGUGUCUUGAAGCCACUCCUCAGGAUUUGCUGUUUGUUCGGGCUGUAGCACUGGCUGCCACAGCAGCUUCACUUCUACACCAUUAUGUCUCUAAAGGAACGAUGCACAGGAAAAAAAAAAAGUCUUAACAAAAAAAGUCUUAACAAAAAUGUAUUUUUUGUUUAUUUCUUUUGUCGAGGAAAAAAAAGAAAAGAAAAUUGAACCAAAUUUCGAAUGGAUGUUUUGUGUUUGAGGAAUACCAGAUGACUGAUUAAAAGAGUUUUUCCUUU